AUGCAUCUCGAGAUCAGCGUCAUUGCUGGACUGGUCCUGGCCGUUGGCUCUGCCCAGUCAGCGCUUGACGUAGGCCUCUCGCCGCUGCGCAUCUUUCUUCUUGCUUUCAUUGCUCAGUACAGUCUUUUCAAAGCAUACCGCGUCUUCGUGUAUCCCCGCUAUGUCUCUGGGCUGCGACACUUGCCCGGUCCCACGGACGGCCACUUCUUCAUCGGUCAGAUGGCCAGGCAGCUCCUCACGCCGGGGCCCGUGGACAUCUUCCUCGACUGGAUGCGCAGGUGGCCGGAUGAGCCCCUGAUCCGCUACCUGUCAAUCGGCAACUCGGAGACCAUCAUGAUCAACAGCCCAGCGGUGCUCAAGGAGAUGCAGCAGACCAAGUCCUACUCCUUCUGCAAGCCGAAGAUUGCCGCCCGCAUGUUCAGCCCCAUCACGGGCCACGGCAUCCUCUUCGCCGAGGGCGAAAUCCACAAGCGUCAGAGGAACCAGCUGAGUCGCCCCUUUUCUCUCAGCAACGUCAAAAGGCUCCUGCCCGUCCUCCAGGGAAAAGCCAGAGAGCUCAGCGCGGCCCUCGGCAGAGACAUGGGUCCCGACGCCGCGAAGACCGUGACGGUGGAACCCUUUUUCCAAAAGGCAGCGCUCGACGUGCUCGCCAUCGCAAGCAUAGGCUACGACCUCGGCAGCCUCUCGACGGCGUCGGCCUGCUUCCACGCCGUCUACGACCGCAUCAUCCACCAGCCGCGCCUCGGCCACGUCCUCACCUUUCUCGACGGCCACGUGCCCCUGCGCGCGUGGCUGCCGUUGCCGCUGAACCGGCGCUGGCUCCGCGACAAUGCGCUCAUCCGGCAGAUGCUCCUCGGCAAGCUGCAGCUGCAGAAGCAGCGCGUGCUGCGGCGGCGCGGGGGGCCUGGCGAGAGGCCUGACGGGGGCGCUGGCAAGGAAAACCAUGUCCCCAUCGGAGAAGGCCGCGACCUGCUGAGUUUUAUUCUCGAAGAGUGUCGCGGAUCGCCUAGGCAGGAAGACUGGGACGACCAAGAGCUGCUCGAUUUCGUCCUCAACUUCAUCGCCGGCGGACACGAGACCAUCGGGACGGCGCUCACGUGGGCGUCCCACGUCCUCUCGACAAGGUCGGACGUACAGGCGCAGCUUCACGCCGAGGUCGAGGCUCUCUACCGGGGCAAGCCGGAGGCAGCAUGGAAUCCGCAGUACGCCGAGAUAGAGAGCCUCCGCCAUCUGAACAAUUUCGUGCGCGAGCUGCUGCGCGUCUACAGCCCGGCCCUCUUCCUGCCGCGAGAAGCGUCCGAGGACGUCACGCUCGCCAACACGCUCAUCCCCAAAGGCACCUUGGUCGUCAUCGUGCCAGCGGUCACCCAUUUCAACACGCACAUCUGGGGCCCCGACGCCGAGGCUUUCCGUCCCGGACGAUGGGACGAGCGUGGCGAAAAGGGGGAGCCGGGCCUGGCCCGUGACCCCUAUUCAUUCGUGCCGUUCCUGCACGGGCCCCGUGGGUGCAUUGGCAAGGCGUUCGCCAUGCUCACCCUGAAGGUCAUGAUCAUCGAAAUGGUGCGGGAAUUUGGCUUCACCGCACCGCCGGGGCAGAAUGGCGACGUGGAGUAUGCCAACCCAAACUUCACCCUGAGACCCAAGGAUCAUCUGCGCGUCGUCGUCGAAAAGAGGCGCAAGGGCGACAUUGUGACGGGUACGAGGUGA